CAUUGCUGGCAGGUGGCAACGCUCUUGCAUAGUGGCAUCGCGGCGACCAAACAAUUUGCAAAAUAAACACUUUGGGCGGAUUCGAUUGACCAUGACCGAGACCAGUCCCAGUGAAUCCGAUCCCCAUGUGGAAGAGCAGCCCGCAGAUGAGGAUGCUGCUGUGGCCGCACAGACACCGCCAGACGCAGCGCCCACUCCCUCAACGAAUGGCGCCGGCAACGGCUUGGACGCAGAGGAGGAGAACGAUGGGGCCUCUCUGGACCGUGACGAUUCCGCCAGCCUGUUUAGCACUACCACGACGACUACCAGGAGCAAGUCGCCAAACACGCGCAAGCUGAACCGCCUGUGCAGGCGCGUCAAAGCACCGAAAAUGGUUCCACCGCUGUACAAGUACAGCUCCCAUGUGAAGGAGGACCACAAUCACCAGAUCUUCGGUGUUCAGUUCAAUCCAUUCCUAGAGAGGGGCCAGCCACAGGUCUUUGCCACCGUGGGCAAGGAUCGGGUGUCCAUCUACGAGUGCGUCAAGCGAAACGAGCAGGAGGACAUCAACGGUGGCCUGCGCCUGCUGCAGGUCUAUGCUGAUCCAGAUACCGAUGAAAGCUUCUAUACUUGCGCCUGGUCGUAUGACACCAUCUCUGGCGAUCCAGUGCUGGCCGCUGCGGGCUAUCGCGGUGUCAUACGCAUCUUCAAUCCCAUCAAGCAUCAGUGCAGCAAGAACUACAUAGGGCAUGGCCAUGCCAUCAAUGAGCUUAAGUUCCAUCCGGUUCGGCCGCAGCUGCUGCUGUCCGGCAGCAAGGAUCACUCGCUGCGUCUGUGGAACAUUCAGUCGGAUGUUUGUGUGGCCGUCUUUGGCGGCGUGGAGGGACACCGUGACGAGGUGCUCUCGAUUGACUUUGAUCUGCGCGGGGAUCGGAUCAUGUCCAGCGGAAUGGAUCACUCGCUGAAGCUGUGGCGCCUGGAAAAACCCGAGAUCAAGGAGGCUAUCGAGCUGAGCUCGAAUUUCAUUCCCGGCAAGACGACAGCUCCAUUCCCCACCAUCAAGGAGCACUUUCCGGACUUUUCCACGCGCGACAUCCAUCGGAAUUAUGUGGACUGCGUCCAGUGGUUCGGCGACUUUGUCUUCUCCAAGUCCUGUGAGAACUCCAUUGUCUGCUGGAAGCCCGGCCAGCUGUCUGCCCCCUGGCACGACAUCAAGCCGCAGGAGUCCGCCACGACAGUUCUCCAUCACUUUGACUACAAAAUGUGCGAGAUUUGGUUCGUGCGCUUUGCCUUCAACUCGUGGCAGAAGGUUCUGGCCCUGGGCAACCAGCUGGGCACCACAUUCGUGUGGGAGCUCGACUGCAACGAUCCGAACUUGACCAAGUGCAGCCAGCUGGUGCAUCCGAAGAGCAACUCCACCAUUCGACAGACAUCCUUCUCCAAGGACGGAUCCAUUUUGAUUUGUGUCUGUGACGACAGCACCGUUUGGCGCUGGGAUCGGGGAAAUUAAUUCGUAAGCCAUUUAUUUAUUUAUGCAUAAUUUAUUUUAUUUGAAAAUGUAUACAUAUAAGUUGUCCUCCAGCGAACUCUCUUAAUCGGCUCAAUAUAGAAAUUUUUUC